GGCGGGCCCGGCGCACGGCCCCGCGGACCCCGCAUCUCGGCGGGCAGAGCCUCGCCCACCCCGAUCCCCACCCUCUCCAGCCCGAGCUGUGGACGAACAGCAGCGCCUGGCACGUCUCUGGAGGACCCCGGGCUAAGAAGAGGAAGAGAGCAGGCGCCAGGGGGGCUGGAACGGCAGCAUGCGCCCGCCGGGAGCAGCCUCGGCGCCCACGGUCUGAGGCUGCAGCCUCAGUUCGCCAUUGUGAGCUGCGGCCCGGGGAGCUCGCACGCGCCUCGGUCCCCCCGGGGCCCCGUCCGCACCGCGAUGGGGCACCUGCCCACGAGAACGCGCGGCGGCCGCCGCCUCCUGCCUCUGCUCUGGCUCUUUGUGCUGCUCAAGAAUGCCACAACAUUCCAUGUAACUGUUCAAGAUGAUAAUAGCAUCGUUGUCUCUUUAGAAGCUUCAGAUGUCAUGAGCCCAUCAUCUGUGUAUGUUGUGAAGAUAACUGGGGAAUCAAAAAAUUACUUCUUCGAAUUUGAGGAAUUCAACAGCACUUUGCCUCCUCCUGUUACCUUUAAGGCUAAUUAUCAUGGCCUUUAUUACAUAAUCACUCUGGUAGUGGUAAAUGGAAAUGUGGUUACCAAGCCAUCCAGAUCAAUCACUGUGUUAACAAAACCCCUACCUGUAACCAGUGUUUCAAUAUAUGACUAUAAACCUUCUCCUGAAACAGGAGUCCUGUUUGAAAUUCAUUAUCCAGAAAAAUAUAAUGUUUUCACAAGAGUAAACAUAAGCUACUGGGAAGGUAAAGACUUCCGAACAAUGCUAUAUAAAGAUUUCUUUAAGGGAAAAACAGUAUUUAAUCACUGGCUGCCAGGAAUAUGCUAUAGUAAUAUUACUUUUCAGCUGGUAUCUGAAGCAACUUUUAAUAAAAGUACUCUUGUGGAGUACAGUGGCAUCAGUCAUGAACCCAAACAGCAUAGAACUGCCCCUUAUCCACCUCGAAAUAUCUCGGUUCGUAUUGUAAACUUGAACAAAAACAACUGGGAAGAACAGAGUGGCAAUUUCCCAGAGGAAUCGUUCAUGAGAUCCCAAGAUACAGUGGGAAAAGACAAACUCUUCCAUUUUACAGACGAAACCCCCGAAAUUCCCUCUGGCAACAUUUCUUCUGGUUGGCCCGAUUUCAACAGCAGUGACUACGAAACUACAUCCCAGCCCUAUUGGUGGGGCAGUGCAUCUGCCACUCCCGAAAGUGAAGAUGACUUUGUCAGUGUCCUUCCCAUGGAAUAUGAAAAUAAUAGUACGCUCAGUGAGACGGAAAAAUCAACAGCAGGAUCUCUCUCAUUUUUUCCUGUACAAAUGAUACUGAAUUGGUUGCCACCCAAACCACCCACCGCCUUCGAUGGCUUCCAUAUCCACAUAGAAAGAGAAGAAAACUUUACUGAAUAUUUGACAGUGGAUGAAGAAGCACAUGAAUUUGUUGCGGAACUGAAGGAGCCUGGGAAAUAUAAGUUAUCCGUGACAACCUUUAGUUCCACAGGAUCUUGUGACACUCGGAAAAGUCAGUCAGCAAAAUCACUCAGUUUUUAUAUCAGCCCUUUGGGAGAGUGGAUCGAAGAGCUGACCGAGAAGCCCCAGCAUGUGAGCGUCCACGUUUUAAGCUCAACCACCGCUUUGAUGUCCUGGACGUCUUCCCAAGAGAACUACAACGGCACCAUCGUGUCUGUGGUGUCACUCACCUGCCAGAAACAGAAGGAGAGCCAGAGGCUAGAAAAGCAGUACUGCACUCAGGUGAACUCAAGCAAAUCUAUUAUUGAAAAUCUGGUUCCCGGUGCCCAGUACCAGGUCGUGAUGUACCUAAGAAAAGGCCCUUUGAUUGGACCACCUUCAGAUCCUGUGACAUUUGCUAUUGUUCCAACGGGGAUAAAGGAUUUAAUGCUCUAUCCCUUGGGUCCUACGGCAGUGGUUCUCAGCUGGAGCAGACCUUACUUAGGAGUGUUCAGAAAAUAUGUAGUUGAAAUGUUUUAUUUCAACCCUGCUACCAUGACAUCAGAGUGGACAACGUACUAUGAAAUCGCAGCAACUGUCUCCUUGACUGCCUCAGUGAGGAUAGCCAAUCUGUUGCCAGCGUGGUACUACAACUUCCGAGUUACCAUGGUAACAUGGGGAGACCCGGAAUUGAGCUGUUGUGACAGCUCCACCAUCAGCUUCAUAACAGCCCCAGUUGCUCCAGAAAUCACAUCUGUGGAGUAUUUCAACAGUCUGUUAUAUAUCAGUUGGACAUACGGUGAUGACACAACUGACCUCUCCCAUUCUAGAAUGCUACACUGGAUGGUUGUUGCAGAAGGAAAGAAGAAAAUUAAAAAGAGCGUCACACGCAAUGUCAUGACUGCAAUUCUCAGCCUGCCUCCAGGAGAUAUCUACAACCUCUCCGUAACUGCUUGCACGGAACGAGGAAGCAAUACCUCCAUGCUCCGCCUGGUCAAGCUAGAACCAGCUCCUCCAAAAUCCCUGUUUGCUGUGAAUAAAACCCAGACUUCAGUGACUUUGCUGUGGGUGGAGGAGGGAGUGGCUGAUUUCUUUGAAGUCUUCUGUCAACAAGUUGGCUCUAGUCAAGAAACAAAACUCCAGGAACCGAUUUCUGUUUCUUCUCACGUUGUGACCAUCUCCAGCCUUCUUCCUGCCACUGCCUACAACUGUAGUGUGACCAGCUUCAGCCACGACAGCCCCAGUGUCCCCACAUUCAUAGCCGUCUCAACAAUGGUUACAGAAAUGAACCCCAAUGUGGUAGUCAUCUCAGUGCUGGCCAUCCUCAGCACACUGUUAAUUGGACUGCUGCUCGUGACCCUUAUCAUUCUUAGGAAAAAACAUCUGCAGAUGGCAAGGGAAUGCGGAGCAGGAACUUUUGUCAAUUUUGCAUCUUUGGAGAGGGAUGGAAAACUUCCAUACAACUGGCGUAGGAGUAUAUUUGCUUUCUUAACCCUGCUACCCUCAUGUCUUUGGACUGAUUAUCUUUUGGCAUUUUAUAUUAAUCCUUGGAGUAAAAAUGGUUUAAAGAAGAGGAAACUGACUAACCCAGUUCAACUGGAUGACUUUGAUGCCUACAUCAAGGACAUGGCCAAAGACUCUGACUAUAAAUUUUCUCUUCAAUUUGAGGAGUUGAAAUUGAUUGGACUGGACAUUCCACACUUUGCUGCAGAUCUUCCACUGAACCGAUGUAAAAAUCGUUACACAAACAUCCUACCAUAUGACUUCAGCCGAGUGAGAUUAGUCUCCAUGAAUGAAGAGGAAGGCACAGACUAUAUCAAUGCCAACUACAUUCCCGGAUACAAUUCACCCCAGGAGUACAUUGCUACGCAGGGGCCACUGCCUGAAACCAGAAAUGACUUUUGGAAGAUGGUCCUACAACAGAAGUCCCAGAUUAUUGUCAUGCUCACUCAGUGUAAUGAGAAAAGAAGGGUGAAAUGUGACCAUUACUGGCCGUUCACAGAAGAACCCAUAGCUUACGGAGACAUCACCGUAGAGAUGGUCUCGGAGGAAGAGCGGGACGACUGGGCCUGCAGACACUUCAGAAUCAACUAUGCCGAUGAGAUGCAGGAUGUGAUGCAUUUCAACUACACUGCAUGGCCUGAUCACGGGGUGCCCACAGCAAACGCUGCAGAGAGCAUCCUGCAGUUCGUACACGUGGUUCGACAGCAAGCUACCAAGAGCAAAGGCCCCAUGAUCGUGCACUGCAGUGCUGGAGUCGGCCGGACGGGAACAUUCAUUGCCCUGGACAGGCUCUUGCAGCACAUUCGGGAUCACGAGUUUGUCGACAUCCUAGGGCUGGUGUCCGAAAUGCGGUCGUACCGGAUGUCUAUGGUGCAGACAGAGGAGCAGUACAUUUUUAUCCAUCAGUGUGUGCAACUGAUGUGGAUGAAGAAGAAGCAGCAGUUCUGCAUCAGUGAUGUCAUCUAUGAGAAUGUUAGCAAGUCCUAGUCCCGAAUCCAGAGCAGACAGGAUAUGGUGUGCACCCAUCCUCCCUUGCUUCCAGACAUUUUUAGGGGCCCUGCUAGCCAUUUUGCUAAGAAGAGCCCCUGCUUUGUAGUAUGUGGCCAAGGAGAUAAUCUAUCUCAUAGAAGCACCGGGAAGACUUAGCCUUAAAGAGCCUACAGUGUCUUUUGGACUCCUUCACUUCUGGACAUAGCGGACCAAAUUCAACUGAACACCAGAAACAGUCCCGACGCCCUGCGAAGGGCAGGAAGCACAACACUUCGAAGAGUUUCCUUGGCCCUUGGCCGGUUGGGCUGAGUUUUUGUUGUUGCUGUUCUUGUUGUUUUUAAGUGCAAUAAUUUUUGUAUGUGUGAUUUUAUCUGAAAGUUGAAUUGUUUUCUACCCACACGACUGACCAAGCCCGUAGCCCAAGAGGGAACAGGAAUUGUCAGUAUCAAAUUAUACCUCAUCGUUAAAACGUGGCAUGGCCACACAUGAGGACAUGUUAAUUCUGCUUCAAGGAAAUCGAACCAGCGAUAUCUGUGCUCCAACAUUAAG